ACUAACUUUCAAUUUACCCCAACCCAACGAGAUGCAAUUUGUAAACAAGUUGUCGUCGGCAUGCCACAAACUCUCUAGAGUGCAACAGUUUGCCGGUAACAACUCUCAAUCACCAUCAUGCUAUUUAGUUGUAGAUCAUUAAAUUUGGAAUGUAGAUCUUACGUUUUAGAAUGUCCAAGCUAAAGUCUGAAAAAUUAUUAUUGCUGGAAAAACUUAUUCAGAGCAGUUCUGAAGGUGAUAUAACAAAUGAACAAAAAGAUUUAUUUGUAAAUCUGGUGAAAGAGACAAGCCCAAAAAGUCCUAAAAUGAAGAAGAAAAGUGCAAACAAACCUGAUAGACAGUCACGUCAAAGAGUGAAAAUUGUAAGAGAAAAUUCACAUGAGGUCCAGGACACUAGUUAUGGAAAGGUUAUUGUUCCUCUGCCAGAAAAUGGGCGUAGAUCAAGGUCGUUGUCAGCUAGUUCUAAAUCAAGAUCUGAUUCCUCUUCAAGUUUUUGGUCUUCUGGAUCACAAGAUAGAGCAAGAUUGGUUAAAAGAUCCUCAAGAUCUAGAUCAAAUUCACGAUCAAGUGGGAGUUCUUACUCAAGAUCUCGUUCACGCUCACGAACAUCAUCUUCAUGUUCAUCCAGUUCAAGGUCACGUUCACCAUCUGUGGAAUAUUCAAGAAAGAAAGUACGGGAGAGAUCAAAAUCACCACCAACCCCUAAAUCUCCAGUAAAAGAACCAAGAUCAGAUUCAUUAUCAUCAACACAGAGUGCCCCUGUUAAAACUACUAUAAAAAGACAUGAAAAAGUCAAUCAUGAUUCUGCAAGUGAUUCUGGUCGCAAAGGAAAACGGAAAAAGCUACUGAAAAGAGGGGAAGUUAGGAAAUAUCGGUCAUUUGAUAUUAAUCCAGAUAUAUUUAUUGAGGAGAGAAUAAAACAAAAAUACAAAGAACUUCAUAAUUUGAUGGCAACUCAGUUUUCUGGUACCCAUGCCCAGAUGACUCAGCAGCAAUUCCAACAGAUGCACAGUUUAAGGGACCAGUAUGUAAGUGCCAGCCAUGGUUUACCUCCAAGUGGUAUACUGGUUCCCAGAAGUUUACCAGCAAGUAUGAGAGUAAAAAGAGGUGCACCGCAAGGUCUGACAAAAAUCAGGUCAAGGUCAAAGGACACUUUGACAAGUGAUUUUGGUGAUGAUCACACAUAUGUUAGUGUCCAGCGAGUUCAGAAUACAUCAGCUGCCAGAGAGGGCAAGGUCAUUGUUGAUCCUCAUCCAGUUAUGAUAAAAAAGAAGAAGAAAAAAGUAAAGAAGUCAGAUUCAGAAACAAAAUUAAAUUCUACAUUGGACAGUACCUCUGAUCUCACAGGGUCAAGGACACUUUCUCCAAGAUCAAGGUCUGAUUACUCUGGGUCCAGGACAUUGUCUCCAAGAUCAAGGUCAAAAGAACCAGAAAUACAUCAUAUAAAAGCAAGCAAGAAUCCAGAUUUAAUAAAAUGGUUAAAACAGAAAGACAAAGACCAUAGAAAAAAAGAGAAGGAUGAAAGAAAGAAGAAAAGGGAGGAACGAGAGAAGUUAGUUUUAGAGGCAAAUGAAAAGUUUGAGCGCAGAUUGGAAUCUCAGAAAAUUGUGAAAAAAUGGAUAUCAGAAAAAGAGAAAGACUACAAGAAAUAUCUUAAGGAGAAAAAACAACAAGAAAAAGAGGUUGAAAUGCAGGAAAGAAUAAGAAUUGAAUUGUCAUCACCUACUAGAGGUAUAACUGUACGAUCACAGACGGCACCAUCACCAUGGAAACAAAAGAGUGGUAAUUCUACAUAUAAAACAAGGAAUGAAAAAAAUAGUGGUGAAGCAAUAGAUGCUACAGGUAGUACUGCACAGACAGUACAGGACCAGUUAGGGACCUCAUCAGAACAUCUUAAAUUUGAUUUAAAUGAUCAGAAAAGUCAUGAUCCACUGCCACCUACGUCAAAGUUUAUGUAUAAAAGGCCUGUAGCGGGAAAAAUUAAACUGAACAUGAGAAAUAGACCAAUGAGUGCACAGCCUAAAUUACAGUCAACUCGCACAGAGAAAGAACAUUGGCAAUCAGCAAAGGAUGAAAGUGAUAGGAAUUUAAGAAUGACCUAUGAUGAUUGGAUUAAUACGAAAAGAAAAGAAGAUAAAGAAAAAAGAAAACAGGAUAAAAUUAGACAGAAAGAAGUUCUAUCUAAAUCUGAUCCAGAAAUAGCCAAAAUUGUGCCAGAAGUUGCUAAAAAAAGAAUCCAUACAAUGUUGAAUGAAAGAAAAUCAAUUGACACCGGCAUUAAACGGUAUGAUGCCUCCGCAAAUAGGUCAUUUGGUGGUGGAAGUUUUGAUGGGAGCAAAUCUCCUAAACCACCUUCAAAGACUCAUUCUUAUAAAAUGGCAGACGAUAGACCAGGUACUGCUAAAGAUCGAACAGUAGAAUCUUUAAAAGUAUCUGGAAGAAUAUACCAGAGACCAGGAACAGCGCCUGCUGCUGGGAGAAAAGUUCCCGUUCCCAUGAGGUCGCCAUACUCGCCUGUUCCAUCGAGUGCCCCUGCACAUGUAGAGGAAAUCAUGAACAGCGAGGACCAGGCCAAUCCAUUUGUACUGCCCUUCCCACCAGAACAAGGUGUACCUAAACAUUUAGCAAGCAUGCAGAAAAAGCUUUUUUCUGAAGAAACUUUGAGGAAAAGUGAUCAAAUUGAACCUCAGGGAGGUGAAGCAUCCAGGGAUCUGGUGCCUUUAAAUGAUGAUGUUGAACAUACUAGUUCUUCAGAAGAUAUUAAAUAUGACAAUAUUAAUACUAAAGAUAAGUCACAUGACUCAAAGACAGAGGAAAAAAUUGGAAAUGAUACACAAUAUGUAAAUGGAAAUUCUGAGGAAAAUGGAACGAAAAAGGAAGAAAAUAUAGAAGAAACAAAUAAGGAAAGACAAAAUGUAAAUUUAGACACACAUUUAGAUCUUCCUGAAGAAUUAGAUAAUGCAGAUUUUCAAAAAUCAGAAGUGGACGAAAAUGAACAAACUCUUGGCUAUGAUGAAGUUGACAGCAAUAGAACCGAUAAUAAGACAGAAGAAAAUUCAGAUGAAAAAAAGGAUGGAAAUGAAAGACAGGAUGACAAUCCUUUAAACCAAUCCAGUAAACAUGUAUCUUUUUGUGAAGAACCUGAAGUGUUCGUCAAUCAGGAAGAGCCUGAAUGGAGCACGGACACAGAAACUCCAGAUGAAGACAAUUCACGGUACACUACAAAGGAAGAUCUGUCAACAUUGAUUGAUACUUGUGGUCAGUUAUUGAAUAAGGAAUAUGGGGAUUCAUAUAACCAAGGAAACAGUGAGGAGAAAGACGGCGAUAAAGCUUUCCUUACAGAAAGUCUGGAUGAGGAUUUUUAAUAAUAAUAUGUUAUAUGUACAUUUUUUUACUUCCAGACUUCAAGAGUUAUUUCCCUUGAUAGAGCUUAUGUUCAAAUGUUUUUUAUACAUAGAUUUUUAAAGCAUAUAAGGGUAAUUUUGUAGACAAGAGAAAGCACUUGGUAAAUCUUAAAGCAGUUUCUUUGGAAAAUUGAAGCCUUUUUUAAGUUCCUUUGAAUAUCAUAAACUGAUAAUUUUUAGAAGAAAUGGUUUAGUUAUUCUAUCUAGUUGUUAGAUAUGAACUUAAUUAUUGUUUUAGUCUAGUUUAUGAUUAAAUGAUAUGUUAUUUAUAUAUCAUGUUAGUGAUUGUGACAUGAUAAGAUAUGAAUGCAGUAGAAGUAGUGUAAGAUCAUGGAAGAUCUCUGUUUUUUCAUGAUCAAAUAUCAAAGAUGACCUCCAUCAUUGCACAAAUGUUCAAUUUUACAUGUUUGAUGGACAUCACAUGUAUAAGAUGACAUUAUGUCAUUUCUUAGUAAGACCCUCAGCUUUGAUUGAAUUGAUAUGUGAUCCCUCUCUCCACACACAUAAACAAGUGGGAAAAAAAUCAGAGAAAGCAUAUGAAAAGUUAAAUGAGAUUAUGAAUAAAAAAGACUUAUGUAUGUAGUAAAGAUAAUCGGUCAACAAUCCAGACUGAAAAAAAAUUCCAUUGUGGUCAUCAUGAGGUUAAUUCAGAGGUCACUGCAGCUGUUGUAUAGCAUCUACUGGUAGAUAAAAUAAUCUCCUUUGAUGGUUCUAUUUUUUGUAUUUGUCAUGUUUGUAGGUCUAGAAUUUCCUGUCAUUGAAGUAAAAAUUUCCUUGCUUUGUUAGUACAUGUAAUAGUGCCUGUUAUUGUAAUUUCACUUUGCGACAACUUGGUAUGUUAAUAAAUAUUUGGGAUCCGGGCUAUCAAAUUCUUAAAAUUCUCAAGUUACAGAAGUGUGCCUUCAAUUACAGUUUUUUAAUUAGUUCUGUCCAAAAAUGUGUGUGAAAUGCUUUUUCUUUGGGAAUUUUUUAGUUCCAGGUAAUUGUAAUACAUGUAUUGUGGAUAUAUUGUGGGAUGAAAAAACAUUCAUAUUGUUACAAGUUCUGGUUAAAGAUUCAUUCACGCCUGGAUUUAUAUUUUCUUCUUUUUCCUCAUAAAAGUAUUACAAGAAAAACAGGGAAUUUUUGGGAAAAUGCAAUUUAGUGCAUGAUUCAUGUAUCUAAAGAAACUUGGUUGAGGACAGACAAAGUGAAAGUUUCAUCUGUAAAUGUAAUUCAUGUUAUUUACAAGAGUUCUAAUAUCCAUGAUGUUUUAUAAUAUAUAAUUAUAAGCUUUUUCUUUUGAAUAAUGGUUAAUAAGUGGGAUUGCAAAAAAAAUAUUUUGGAUUUUUUAUAUGGCUUGUUCCAUUGUACAAUUUGUACCCUUAAAGGAAAUUGUUUUAGAUCAUAACAUAUUUGCCAGAUAUAGAUAGGUAUAGAGAGUUAUUAAAUAUUAUAAUAGUAUAAGUAUAAGUAUAGACAUUGGUUGUUUUGUAUCAUUUAUUGUAUUUUUGUAGGAAAUCAUGAAACAUGACAUUUAUCAAUAGCUUGCCUCAAAUAAUAUUUUUCAUCUACUGCAUCAUAAAUUGAAAAGAAACUAUUAUAAUUUUUCAUAUUAAUACAUGAAAUGUAACUACAUGUAUUUGAUAGGGUUGUAUGCACGCUUAUUAAGUUGCCAGUUAACUAGUUGAUGCAGUAUGAUUGUAAUAAAAAAAAAUAUUAGUGCUAUAUUACAAUAGAAAAUUAAAAUAAUAAUGAUAAAUAAAUUAAGUAAUAUAAUAAUCAUUAUUGCAAACUAAACAAACUUUUGUAUUUAUCUUAAUGUAAGCACCAUCGCUACUAGAUUUAAUAGCUGCCAUUUCACAUUUUGGAGAGCGAAUUAUAUAUUUAUAAAUUUGUAAUUUUCCACAAGUUACUAGGUAAUUUAAACCAAAGUUAGCAAGUCUAUCAUCUUUAAAUGUGAUUGAGGACAGACUGUCUCUACAUUUUAUUGUGUUUUCUUUUUCCCAGCCUUAUCUUUUGACUAAAAGGCUAUUUUAUUUUUUCUGAUUGAUUAAUAACUUUUGAUGCAGCUUAAUAAACAUAUAUAUACAUACAACUGUAUUACCAAUAACAAACCUCAUAAAUUCGUUAUUUUAAUUUAUUUCUCCCUAUAAAAAAAACGUGAUUCCAUUAGGGAUUUUGUAAGGUUAAAUACAGUAUUAUAUAUAUGUAAGCUGUAAACAACUAUUGAGAUAUUAUUUGUUAACUGAUGUACAUUUAUGAAUAUAAUAGUAAUUUAUUGUGAUAAAUUUUUAAUCAAAUAAUGUUUGAUUUGCUCAGUAAUUGUUUUGUUGUUGAGAUGUUUGUUUUAUAAGUUUGAGUUUUAUAUAGAUUUUUAUAUUUAGUACUAGCCUUGUACAGCUAGUGAAACAUUCCGUCCAGUGAACAGUCACAAAUGUGUUGACUGUUCUUAGGCAUUUCAUGAUUUGUUAAAUUUUUUUUUUAAAGAAUACAACUUAUAAUAUUACUAAUAUAUGUUUACUUUACAUUGAAAACAUUACCUGAAAUUGUUUUUAUGGUACCAGGUAAAUGUGAUUCUAUCAAAACAUUUCUGAGAACACUGUUACAUGCAUGUAUUUGUCUAUUGGCAUCAAAGAUCAAAUCCUUGUUAUUUUGCCUUCUGAAGAAGUUGGCUUGAAUAUUCAACCUGUUAUAUAUAUUUCAUUUGUAGAAACCAAUUUUGUAUUUUCAUUUACAGAAUUACCCAACAUGUACAUUUUUAUAUUAAACUAUCAGAUAAGACGUUGUAAAAAAAAUGAAUCUAAUAUAGUUGUUGCAAAGUACUGAAACACUGCCUUUUUCUUAGAAUUUUAAUUUUAUUUUCAUUGUAAACUAGAGUUAUCUUCCUUUGUUAACCAUAGUUAUAAAGAAUAUUUUUUAUCAACAGUCAAAGGUUUUAUGCUCCAUAUUUUGGAAAGCACAAAAAAGAAAUGCUUGACACUAUGUAUCAUUUAAAACAAACCUGUUUAAAAGUCCUAAAAUCUGAACAUAAAGAAAAAGCAACAAUAUUCAUGGAAAGUAUUUUAUGUACCCCGGUAUAUAGAAUAAAAAAAAAUAUUUUAAAAUUUGUUAAAACUUUUAUCUAUGAGAAUACACUUUUGACUAAUUUCAUAUUUAAGGAAUUUCAUUUUGUUUUCUUGAAACGUUAUGAAAAACCAAUGGAAUAUAAGACAGAAACAAGUUAAAAGAACUGAUAUAGUCAAAUUUGAAAUCAUUUUUGCAAAAUCAACAGAAUCAUUUUAAUUUGAUAAGAUUUUUUUAAAUUACUGUCAGAUAUAAAUAUUUAGAAUUUUUAGAGUUUUUAAAAUUUUUAUAUAUACAUUUGAUUAGACACAGAUAGUUUUAUUAUUCAAGCGGUAGAAUCUCUGUUAAUAGUAUAUACAGAUUGUUAUCAUUUUACAAUGCUAGCUUUGUUUCUUUGAAUAAUAUAUUUUUAAAAAAAAUGUCUCAAAACACUUUGUUCAUGUUAAUUAGUGAUUAGGAUUAUUUAUCCUUUUAGUUACCAUUUGAAAAAAAAAAAAUAUCCAUUUCCCAUUUAUUAAGUCAAAAUGUAGAUUUUUAUAAGGAAAAAAAAAUUCAUAGAAAUAUGAUCUUAUGCUUAAUAUUCUAACACCUGCCCAUUCCCAUUAAGUAGUGACUGAAAAGUUUUGUUUUUUUACCAUGAUCACAUUUUUUUAUUCCAAAAAUCAAAAGAAUGAUAAAGAUUUUAUGAUUCCAUAAAUCAGAGCAUGUAGCAAAAAGGAAUAGCAUGUUGUUUUAAAUAGUAUGUUCCUUGCAAACAAAAUUUUGGUGGAAGAUAGGAAUCCUCUUGUCUGACUCUCUGCCCACCUGUCUGUCUAUGUGCCUUAUGAAUAGUACUAAAAGACUAGGCAAAUUAUGAUAAAAAUGUAUGCAUUUAUAAAACACUUCUUGUGAUGUGCACAAUGGAAUAAAACCCCUGUCCAAGAUUUUAAAGGGGAGAUAAUCAAAAUUUACUUUUUGUCCUGCCUGCGACAAAAGUCGCAGUAUGCAAGACUUAGGUAUUACUAUCCUGCGGCUGCGGCAUAAACUAUUUGUGUAAAGCUUUAUAUUUUAGAAGGUAGAAGACCUGGAUGCUUCAUACCUUGUAUGCAGAUACCUUAUGUUACGAAGUUUCCGUCUGUCAAAUGUCCAUUGUCCUUGACCUCAUUUUCAUGGUUCAUUGGUCAGUGUUAAGUUUUUGUGUUUUGCUUGGUUUUCUAAAUACUAAUAGCAAUAGGUCAGCUAUGUUUGGUGUAUUGGACAAUUGUAAUGUGUACAUGUCUGUCUGACAGGUAUUAUCUAGCCUUGACCUCAUUUUCAUGGUUCAUUGGUCAAUGAUAAGUUUUCGUAAUUUUGUCAGUUUAUCAGAUACUAUAAGCAACAGGUCAACUAUCUUUUGUGUAUGGAAUCAUUGUAAGCUGUACAUGUCUGUCUGGCUUUGUUCAUCUGACUUUGACCUCAUUAUCAUAGAAUAUUGAUAAUGUUAAGUUUAUGUGAUACUUGUAGUAAAACCUUCAUGUUACAGACUUUCAAUAUAAAUUCAAUGAUAAGUAAGACAGACGAGACAUUUCAGCAUUGUUUCAAUAUUACAAUAUAUGGUAAUACUUUCUUGUAAGGUUGCGUAUGCUUCUUGAAGUUAACUCACAGUUAUAAAAUCAAUUGGAUUUUUUUAGUUUAUGUUUUUAGCUUGACAGUACAUAAGUAUAUUAACUUUUGUUAAAAUAAAUACUGUAUUCUGACAUAAAACAUGUAGGAUGACACACAACACUUAUCGCCAUUCAUUGAUUCUAAUUUUAUGGAAAUUUUGGAUCAACUUCUAUUUAUUAUGUUAAUAAGUGUUUAGUUCUUUGACAUUUGUGCGUAAUCAUAUCUACAUUUCAAAUUCAUUCUUUAUCCCUUGAAGUUUAACUUAUAAUACAUUUUAUAGAUUUAUUGGCAAUAACAAGUUGUUACUCACCCUAUUUUAUUUUCAUAAAUGCUGACAGUAAAUUGUUUAAAUGUUUGUGUUUUAUUUUCAUAGUGUUUUUCAAGUACAAGGUAUGAGUUUGAAUCAAAGCUAGAUAUUAUUUGAAAUUUCAAAGAUUUUUGGGGUACACUUUCACAUCGUUCCAAACAUCAGUCUAUGGUGUCAAAAUGAGGUGCUUAAGGACCUUUUUCAGAAUAUGAAUAUUUAUUCCAUGUGUGAAAUUUGUCAUUCAAAGUUCUGGAAUUUUUUUUAAUAUAUCAGGAUUCAGAAAAAAAGAGUUUAUUUUGGAAUUUGGUAGUCUAUUUUUCUGGAUAUAAGGAAUAGGAUCAUGGAACUCUUUGCCUCCUCCUACUUUAACAAGAAAAAGGUGUGCAAGUUUUAUUACAUUUUUUUUUAGAAUAACAAACAUUCAAGGAUUUAAAAAAAAAAACUAAAAUUAACUCAAUUUCAGUCAUUUUUAUGAUAGUAUUUGUAGUCUGUAUCUGGUUAGAAACAAAGAGCUUGUUUUAGUCCUGUGUAUUCUGUAACCGUCCUUUCAGCCAAAAUUAAUGUGAUAGUUUAUACAAUAAAAAAUCUUAUCUGCA